UAACCCAUCCGGAGAACGUCGAUGGAGCAAGAUUACGUCCACACGCACAACACCAGCUCUUUGCACAGCUGUGGCUUAGGAUAUGUGCCCGUCGUCUACUACAGCUUGCUUCUCUGCCUGGGGCUACCAGCUAACAUUUUGACGGUCAUCAUCCUCUCCCAGUUAGUGGCCCGGCGGCAAAAGUCCUCCUAUAAUUACCUUUUAGCUCUGGCCGCUGCUGACCUGCUGGUGCUCUUCUUCAUCGUCUUUGUGGACUUCUUGAUGGAAGACUUCAUCUUGGAAAAGCAAAUGCCAGAGAUCCUGGACAAGAUCAUCAAGGUCUUGGAGUUUUCGUCCAUCCACACGUCCAUUUGGAUUACGGUGCCGCUAACCAUCGACCGGUACAUCGCCGUCUGCCACCCUCUCAAAUAUCACAUGGUUUCUUACCCGGCUCGCACUCGAAAAGUCAUCGUAAGUGUUUAUAUAAUUUGCUUUCUGACCAGUAUCCCUUACUAUUGGUGGCCCGACAUUUGGAAAGAAGACUACACAAGUACGUUGGUGCACCAUGUCCUCAUAUGGAUCCAUUGCUUCACCAUCUACUUAGUCCCCUGCUCUAUUUUUUUCAUCUUGAAUUCAAUCAUCGUCUACAAGCUUCGUCAGAAGUGUAACUUCCGGCUGAGGGGUUAUUCCACGGGGAAAACGACGGCCAUCUUGUUUACAAUCACCUCCAUUUUCGCCAUACUUUGGGCUCCCAGGAUUAUCAUGAUAUUGUAUCACCUUUAUGUCUCGCCGAUAAACAACAGCUGGUCUGUCCACAUUGUCUCUGACGUCGCCAACAUGCUGGCGCUGUUAAACACCACCAUCAACUUCUUCCUGUACUGCUUCAUAAGCAAACGGUUCCGCACCAUGGCAGCCGCCACCCUCAAGGCCUUCUUUAAGUGUCAGAAGCAACCUGUUCAGUUCUAUACUAACCAUAACUUCUCCAUAACUAGCAGCCCCUGGAUAUCUCCUGCCAACUCUCACUGCAUCAAAAUGCUUGUUUACCAAUAUGAUAAGAAUGGAAAGCCUAUAAAAAUAUCGCCGUGA